UCGAUCUCGGGAAAGUACCUCGGUAAUGAUUCUCACUUGAGUUCAUUCGAGUAUUGCGCCUUAGUAUUUUGAUAUAAAUAGCGGACAGCAAAUUGUUUUUUUCAUUAUUUACAGUUGAGUAUUACAGUAAUCAUGUUUCUGUCAUUUUGUAUUUUCAUAGUUUUUUGUGCUUACACUUCGAGCCAUCCUCGGCUUAUCGAAAAAGAUCAUCUAUCCGUGGAUUUCCCGGUUUGCUCACGCGACUGCUGGGGCGCUGUUCCUUCAAAAGACACAAGACCUCUGAACAAGCCAGUGCCCUACGUCAUUAUACAUCACACCGCUAUUCCGACUGUAUGCAACACCACAACCCGAUGUAUGAGAGAUAUGCGAAGCAUGCAGAAAUACCACAAUUCCUUAGGCUGGGGUGACAUUGGAUACCAUUUCUGCGUAGGCGGCGAUGGGGUGGCGUACGAAGGCCGCGGGUGGAACGUCAUAGGUAUUCAUGCUGGACCAGCCAAUAAAUUGAGCAUCGGCAUUUGCCUGAUUGGAGAUUGGAGAGUCGAGACACCUUCAGCUGAGCAGUUGGCUACGACAAAAAAGCUUCUGUCCACGGGAGUGGAAAUGGGAGCUAUUAGCUCCGAUUACAAGCUAAUAGGACACAAUCAGGCUAUGACGACAGAAUGUCCGGGAGGAGCGCUGCUGGAAGAGGUUUCAACCUGGGAUAAUUAUCAUCCUGGACACGUUAAUUUUAGAGAACUAAAUAAACAGACAAAAUUUUAUUUUUGUCUCGACUGUUCAACAACUUCGACGAAAAUGAUCGCAUUAUUAAUUUUAUUUGGCAUUAUAAGUUCCUCUAUCGGAUACCCUUCAGUUGAUAAAGCGGAUCCAUCGACAAACGACGUCACCACUUACGAUUUUCGUUAUGUGACGAGGGCAGAGUGGCAAGCAAAAACGCCAGUCCAGACGACACCUUUAAAAACUCCCGUGCCGUAUGUCGUGAUCCACCACACGUACAUCCCGGGCGCCUGUCACACUAGAGAACAGUGCAGUAGCGCCAUGAGGGGCAUGCAGAAUUAUAGUAUGAUAGAUAAUAACUGGUGGGACAUCGGGUACAAUUUCGCAGUGGGAGGCGACGGUGUAUAUGAAGGCCGAGGAUGGACCGAUCGAGGGGCACAUUCGCUACAUUUCAAUAAUAUCAGUAUUGGAAUAUCUUUUAUUGGAGACUACCGAUUCACAGUUCCAUCGGUGGAACAAAUCGCAGCUGCUAAAUCGCUGAUUGCGACCGGAGUGGAACUCGGCUUCGUGAAACCGGCCCACAAGAUUAUCGGACACAGGCAGGUCAGGAGGACCGCCUGCCCCGGAGACGCUUUGUAUGAGCUCAUCAAAACUUGGGACAAGUAUUCACCUUUCCCGGGUUCCAUUGACGAUCUAGAUAACGUAGAGGAACUGAAGAAAUACUGAUUAAUAAUGACGUUAUUAAUCAUUUAAUUUCGCUUACAGGGAAAAAUUUAGAAUUUUAUGUUGAAAAAAAUAACUUAAAAUGUUUUCUCGUUAUAUAAAACAUCACUCUCGGUCAUUAUUAAUUUUCCUGCGAGCUUAGUUUAAUUUUUAAUUCAAAUAAAAACUAUUUCGAAUA